UUGCAGGAAGCAUGGGCAAUAUGUAGAAUAUUCAAGAAAUCGAGCUCGAGUAAUUCGCAAAGGGCAAAUAUGUCUCAACACUCUUGGGUUUCUCCAGUGUUUGAUCACAUUAUAACAACAUGUGAUGCAAAUAAUGCAAUAAGCCCUUGUGAUUUUAACAACGCUAAUUAUCACUCGGGUUAUUAUUCUAGCAAAACGAACUAUUCGUCGCCCCUUCAAUUCGGUUCACCAGCUGUUUAUCAGAUCGAAAAUACGCCACAUCAGUUCACAACCAGUUUACCAGCCGGCAUUAAUAAUAAUAACAACGAUGCUUCUUCUUUGUUUCUAGAAAUGUCGAGCUCGAUAUUCGGAGAAUUCGUGAAUAACGAGCAUUGCAAUAACGGAAUAUUCUCGUCGGAUACCGAAACUGGAAAUUUAGUUCAAGAAAACGUUUGCGCGGUGGUCGGAAAAGACGAGAUAAUCGACGUGGGACAACGAUUAUUAGACGAAGAUCAGUUGGGAUUGAUAAGGUCGAUGGGAUUCGAUUAUCCGAAUCACAAUUACGGAUUACCGAUGAGUUUUACGGACGCGUGGAAGUCGAAUUUGGUGUGGGAUUCUUCUCCUUGUCCUAGUGAAUUGUCAACUAGCUACUCUACUAACAAUUGCUACAUUUGAGUAUUUAUUUUAUAUAUAUUCUAAAUUAAUUAUUAGUUGUAAUGUAUUAUUCAAGUUUUGUAUGCUCUAUGAUUAGUGUUUAUUUUGUGCUAUGUUUUUGGCU